AUGGAUAACAUAGAACCACCCUCUAAUGGAAAUAUCCAUGCUGAGAUAGAAACAAAGUUGGAGGAGAAGAAGAAAAUGAAGAAGGAAUCAGUUUCGUUGUUGGGUUUGUUCGGUGCAGCUGAUAAUGUUGAUUGCUUCUUGAUGUUCCUAGGCGGUUUAGGCACUUGUAUUCAUGGUGGUACGCUUCCGCUUUUCUUCGUGUUCUUCGGUGGAAUGCUAGAUUCUCUUGGAAAUCUUUCUACAGAUCCUAAAGCCAUAUCUUCCCACGUUUCACAGAAUGCUUUGUACUUGGUCUACCUAGGAUUUGUCAAUUUGGUAUCAGCCUGGAUCGGUGUCGCUUGUUGGAUGCAAACAGGGGAAAGACAAGCAGCAAGAUUGCGUAUAAAUUAUCUCAAAUCAAUCUUAGCAAAAGAUAUUACUUUCUUUGAUACAGAAACUAGAGAUUCAAACUUCAUUUUCCACAUAUCAAGCGAUGCAAUCUUGGUUCAAGAUGCAAUUGGCGACAAGACCGGUCAUGUUUUGCGGUACUUAUGUCAGUUCACUGUGGGAUUUGUCAUUGGUUUUUUGUCGGUAUGGCAACUAACGUUGCUCACGUUAGGAGUGGUUCCACUGAUAGCAGUUGCAGGAGGAGGCUAUGCUAUAGUCAUGUCUACAAUCUCAGAGAAGAGUGAAGCUGCUUAUGCUGAUGCAGGCAAAGUCGCAGAAGAGGUCAUGUCACAGGUAAGAACAGUGUAUGCAUUUGUAAGAGAAGAGAAAGCUAUAGAAUCUUACUCAAACUCGCUCAAGAAAGCUUUAAAACUCAGUAAAAAGAGCGGUCUUGCUAAAGGUUUAGGAGUUGGAUUAACAUAUAGCCUUUUGUUCGGUGCUUGGGCAUUGCUUUUUUGGUAUGCAAGUCUUCUUGUACGCCACGGCAAAACCAACGGAGCAAAAGCCUUUACAACGAUCCUCAAUGUCAUUUAUAGUGGUUUCGCCUUAGGUCAAGCGGUGCCUAGCUUGUCUGCAAUUUCCAAAGGCAGAGUUGCUGCUGCAAAUAUCUUUAGCAUGAUAGGAAACAACAAUCUUGAAAAUCCUGCGAGAUUAGACAAUGGAACAAUAUUGGAAAAUGUAGCUGGGAAGAUUGAGUUUCAUCGAGUAUCUUUCGCAUACCCUUCUAGACCAAACAUGGUUUUUGAUAAUCUUAGUUUCACAAUACAUUCAGGCAAGACUUUUGCAUUUGUCGGUCCAAGUGGUUCAGGGAAAAGCACAAUCAUAUCAAUGGUGCAGCGUUUCUAUGAACCUAACUCAGGGGAGAUUCUCUUGGAUGGAAAAGACAUCAAGUGCCUGAAGCUUAAAUGGUUGAGAGAACAUAUGGGAUUAGUGAGUCAAGAACCGGCUUUAUUCGCCACAACCAUAGCUUCAAACAUUCUUCUUGGUAAAGAAAAUGCAAGUAUGGUUCAAAUCAUAGAAGCUGCUAAAGCAGCUAAUGCAGAUUCUUUCAUUAAAUCUUUACCCGAUGGUUACAGUACUCAGGUUGGAGAAGGAGGAACUCAGCUCUCAGGAGGACAGAAACAGAGGAUUGCUAUUGCUCGAGCGGUUCUAAGAAAUCCAAAGAUAUUACUUUUAGAUGAAGCAACAAGCGCUCUUGAUACCGAAUCAGAGAAGAUUGUUCAACAAGCACUUGACAGUGUCAUGGAGAAAAGAACAACAAUCGUAGUUGCGCAUAGAUUAUCCACCAUUCGAAAUGUUGACAAGAUUAUUGUACUUAGAAAUGGCCAAGUUAUGGAAACCGGAAGCCACUUAGAACUUAUAUCAAGAGGAGGAGAUUAUGCGACUCUUGUGAAAUGUCAAGACACAGAACCUCAAGAAAACUUGAGAUCAGUCAUGUCUGAAUCUUGUAGAUCUCAACCUGGAUCUUCUAGCUCAAGAAGAGUUUGUAGCUCAAGAAAGAGUACUUCUAGCUUCAGGGAAGACCACGAGAAGUCUGAAAAAUAUUCAAAUGGCGGAGAUCUAAGCUCAUCCUCGAUGAUAUGGGAACUUAUGAAGAUGAAUGCUCCAGAAUGGCCUUAUGCAUUACUUGGCUCAAUUGGUGCAGUUCUUGCUGGAUCACUACCAGCAUUGUUCUCCAUGGGGAUUGCUUAUGUGUUAACCACGUUUUAUUCACCUUUUCCUAGUCUGAUCAAGCGUGAAGUUGAAAAGGUAAUUAUUAUCUUCGUUGGAACUGCAAUAGUAACAACUCCUAUAUAUCUUCUCCAACAUUACUUCUAUACACUUAUGGGAGAGCGUCUUACUUCUCGGGUUCGCUUAUCCUUAUUCUCAGCCAUACUUGUGAAUGAGAUUGGUUGGUUUGAUCUGGAUGAGAACAACACUGGUUCACUCACUUCAAUCUUAUCUGCUGAUGCAACCUUGGUGAGGAGUGCAGUAGCGGAUCGCCUCUCGACAAUAGUCCAAAACAUAUCUCUUACAGUCACAGCCUUAGCACUUGCCUUUUUCUACAGUUGGCGUGUUGCAGCCGUAGUAACUGCUUGUUUUCCUCUUCUCAUUGCCGCUUCACUUACCGAGCAAUUGUUUCUAAAAGGCUUCGGAGGAGAUUACACAAGGGCUUACUCUAGAGCUACUUCAUUGGCCCGUGAAGCAAUCGUGAAUAUAAGAACUGUCGCUGCGUUUGGUGCUGAAAACCAAAUCUCAGAACAGUUUGCUUGUGAGUUAAGCAUUCCCACCAAGAAUGCCUUGCUCAAAGGUCAUAUCUCUGGAUUUGGAUACGGUUUAUCUCAGUGUCUCGCGUAUUGUUCCUACUCACUUGGUCUCUGGUACAUCUCUGUUUUGAUGAAGCGGAAGGAGACAAACUUUGAGGAUAGUAUCAAAUCUUUCAUGGUAUUGCUCGUCACAGCUUACUCGGUAGCAGAAACGCUUGCGUUAACCCCAGAUAUCGUGAAGGGCACUCAAGCACUCGGUUCUGUUUUUAGGGUACUACAUAGAGAGAGUGAAAUACAUCCGGACCAACCUGACUCAAGAUUAGUCACUCAGAUAAAAGGAGAUAUAGAGUUUAGAAACGUGAGCUUUGCGUAUCCCACGAGACCUGAAAUCGCCAUUUUCAAAAAUCUAAAUCUCAGGGUUUCACCCGGGAAAAGUCUUGCGGUCGUGGGACCUAGUGGUUCAGGAAAGAGCACGGUGAUCGGACUGAUCAUGAGAUUCUACGAUACGAGCAACGGAAAACUCUGUAUCGAUGGGCAUGAUAUAAAAACCCUAAACCUACGUAGCUUGCGCAUGAAGCUAGCGUUAGUCCAGCAAGAACCGGCUCUAUUUUCAACAACCAUAUACGAAAACAUCAAGUACGGGAACGAGAACGCGUCUGAGGCAGAGAUCAUUCAAGCCGCUAAAGCAGCGCAUGCGCACGAAUUCAUAAUUAAGAUGGAAGAAGGGUACAAGACGCACGUAGGAGAUAAGGGAGUGCAGCUAUCAGGUGGUCAAAAACAGAGAGUGGCUAUCGCGAGGGCAGUUCUAAAGGAUCCUUCAGUGCUUCUCCUUGAUGAGGCAACGAGUGCUUUGGACACAAGCUCGGAGAAACUGGUUCAAGAGGCACUUGACAAGCUGAUGAAGGGACGAACCACGGUGUUAGUGGCUCACAGGCUUUCGACCAUAAGAAAAGCAGACAUGAUUGCUGUGUUACAUAAGGGAAGAGUUGUGGAGAAGGGAAGUCAUAUAGAGCUUGUUUCCAAAUCUGAUGGAUUUUAUAAGCAAUUCACGAGUCUUCAAGAUGUGGUGUGACUCAUCGUCGUUGAAGUUUCAUUUUGCCUUUUUUUUUUAAUUCAAAUUUAUACAAAAAGUUAUUCAAACAUAUUAAUCUCGUAAUACUUUGUAUAUGUAUAAGUUUAAACAAUAAGUUAUAUCAACAAGCUAUAUCAUUCAUAUCU